CAGGGUCACACAGCUUAUAAGUGUGUGAAGUCAAGUUUGAACUUGGAGAGAGGAAUCUUCCUGAUUCCAGGCUUGGUGCUCUAUCCACUGUGCCACCUAGCUGUCCCACUAUUGUCUUUUAAUACAUGGUUUGCAUGAAUGCUGUGUUUUAUGGGAUAUGAUCAACAAAGAAAAGCACAAAAACACCAAACAUUUCAUAGGAAAAAAAAGUCAUAUUCCUCCUACUUACAGACAAGGAUGAAUGAGUUAAUGUAUCUAUAUUAAUCAAGAACUUUCUUCCCUUUUCUCUUAAUAGCAUGAAUAGCUUCCCACCAGCUAAAAAUCAUCUAGUUGUGCUUGAUGGAAAAAAGCAAAAAAAAAAAAAAAAAAGAAAGAAAGAUAGUUACUCCAUAAUCAAAGCUUAAUGUCUUUACUAUCUUGAAAGCUAAUUUUAAAAAUUAUUUUAAUCCCAAUCUUUAUUGAGUGAAUAAGUCUGUUUUCCUUGUAUUUACAAAGUAAGAAGUCAUUUCUGCAUCUCGUAUUAACUACUCUUUGUCUAAGUAAUAUAGGUUGUUAGAGAACGAGAUGAUGUUCAGUCACAAAGCAUUCUGUAACCUCAAAUUGAACCCUUGCUUUUUUAACAGAUAAACCAUAAAUGAGAAGUGUGGUGAAGGGAGCUGUCAAUUCCUGCUCCUAGGAGGAGAGGCGCUGGUUUAUCAAUCAAACCCGUUACCUAUCAGAUAAUUCCAAAGAUGCUGCUAAAGUAGCCGUGGAUCAUCUUCCUCCUCCUUGGCCUGAUUAAUAACUGCUAUGGGCUGCAUAAAGUCAAAGCAAACUUUCCCUUUUCCAAACACAAUCUCAACUGAGAAGAGACAAGACAGUGAAGAGAGAUUUCUACCUGAAAGUCCCCCAGUGAUUCCUGUCCAAAUCACAGAAGUAACAGAAGUUGUAAAGGAAAAGGAUCCUUCUUCUUCCAAGGUAGUGGUUCUAGAGUAUGCCCAUCGCCUGUCCCAGGACAUCAUGGAUGAAGCGGUGAAGCAGUGGGCAGCCAACGACAGCAGACCUGAUCCACAAGAGUAAAACGCUGCUGAGUGAACACCUUUAUGGCAAAAUCCUCGAAGACUUUUCCAAGGGAGCAGCUACCAAAAACCUAACAAGAAAACUUCAAAAUGAAUCAUUUAUGGUCAUACCCAUGGAGUCUAAGCUGGAGCCAACUCCAGUUUUCCGAGUUCUAGCUUUUCAACAAGUUUAUUCCCUGUUCAGUUUCAUGGGGAUGGGGGAGGGCAUGAAUGGUCUCUUUUAAGCACACGGUUUCCAGGGCAUUUGUUUAAAGCGUUGUAAUAAAAACUGGGUAUGAAUUCUAGGACUAACCAUAGAGGAGUAGCUAAAGGCUGUGCUUUACUACAAUCUAGCACUGGAACGAGCCACUGAAGACUUGCUGUUAGUGUCCUCACUGCUUCUAUUUCCCUUAACACCUAAGUCUAAA